UUGGUUUUCUCAUUUUUUGCAUUCUUCAGUAAUCGAGAAAAGGAAGAAAUUGAACGAAAAUUUCGACGUCUGAACGAAAGAUUUGAGCGACUGGAUGCAGAGAAAAAUGAAACGCAAAAUGCAAUUGAACGCUUGCAGAAUCAAAUUCAGUCGAUUCACGCCAAUCAUCAGGAAACAUUAAACGAAAUGCUAACGAAACAACGCGUGGAACUUGACGAGCGUCGAAAACGUUUUGAGAAUGAGCUGGAGGAACGAGACAUGGACAGCACACAGAGGCUAUCCAAUCUGAGGAAUGAGCUCGAGAAGUAUCGAAGUGAAAUUGAACAACUCAGAGAGCAGCUACGAAAUGCACUGGCAGAUUGUGUUACGGAACGUCGAAGAGUGAGUGAAAAAGGUAUGCGAAAGAACUUCAUUUCUGGUCUAUUUUAG